AGUUGGGAUGUGGUUUUUGGUGCCACAUCGUACCGUGCCGUCAUUACAGAUGGUCAAGGCCAGUCGCUCAACUGCACUUCCACGGACACCACCUGCCAGAUCUCGAAUCUGGUCUGUGGAGAACGGUACGCCAUACGGAUUACAGCCAUCGCUAACUGUGAAAGCACUUCCGACGGCAGCUACAUCUUUGAGACAGCACCAUGCCCACCCAAAGCGCCAAAAGUGUACCGCGAGUGCUCCACUAAUGUCAUCUUAUUCUCGUGGGAGCCCACCAACAACACGGCUUAUUACUUCGCCAUUGCUGUGGACUCGGAUGACCUGGUAAUGGAAUGCGUCACUGGGGAAACCUCCUGUUAUUUCACCGACACCGUCUGUGGUCAAACCUACAGCUUCUACGUCAGCGCCGUCUACUCCGGAGGACUAGACUGCAACAGUGGAAACACAGAGGGUGUGGUGAUCAAAACAGCCCCAUGUUUGCCGCAGAACAUCUACACGAUUGCAAACUGUAAUAGCAUCAGCAGUGCCAUCAUUACUUGGGACGAGGCCGCAGGAGCCGAGGCCUACGUUGUGGAGGCCCGCGGUAAUCGUAAAGAUUUCUACAACUGUACGUCUGCAAACACAAGCUGCACGAUAACAGAUCUGGAUUGCGGAGAGAGCCUGAGCGUGUGGAUUGUUGCCACAAAUGGUGAAUGCACUACUGAUCCUGUGCUGGGAGAUGUAGCAGAGACAGUUCCCUGCAUACCUCAGAACGUGUCUGCUGUGGAGACCUGUAGUUCAGACUCCGUCUCUCUCACAUGGAACUAUGCCAACGGUGCCAUCUUCUACAUCGGAAUGGCGACUCACGUGAAUGGCACAGUUCACACCUGUGUUGCCAUGGCGGCAGAGUGCACAAUCCCAGACCUGCGAUGCGGCGAGGCGUAUGAUGUGUAUGUCAUGUCAACUAACCUGAAAUGCAACAGUUCUGAGAGUCAACAUGUCACCCGGCAGACAGCUCCAUGUGCUCCGGUCAGCAUGGGGGUCACUAGAGACUGUGCAGCAAAUCACGCAGUCGUAAGUUGGCAGGCCCUUCAGACUGGGAGUCUGAACACAGCAGUACUGCAGGAUGAACAUGGGCACUCAGUUAAUUGCAGCUCCAGCUCUAACUGCACAUUCGCAAACCUGCUCUGCGGAAUGAACUACAACGUCACCGCCACAAGGAAUGAUGGUCAAUGUGGAAGUCUGCCAUCCACACCCAUUCAGAUACAGUCAGCUCCCUGUGACCCUCAGAACAUCACAACUGUGCUCCAGUGUGACACCAACACGGCCAACGUGACAUGGGCUGCCAGUGCGGGAGCUAAUGGGUACACGGCAAUGGCAACAGACGGGCAGCAGCAACGCUUAGCUUCUUGUCACUCUAUGGGGACUUCCUGUCAGCUGACCUUUCUGCUGUGUGGGAUGAGACUAAAUGUAACUGUCCAAGCUGAUGGCGCCACCUGCAACAGCAGCUCUCAACCUAAAGCUGUAGUGGAAACAGCACCCUGCAUUCCCUCCAAUGUCGCUGCUGCUCUAAACUGUACAUCCAACAUUGCUUCCAUCACCUGGCACAGUGCCCUUGGAGCCACUUGGUACUUGGUAAAGGCAGAAGGCAACCAAGGGUACAAGACGUCCUGCAACAACACUGUCACACACUGUGAUAUCCCAAACCUGCAGUGCGGCCAGGAAUAUUCCAUCACAGUCAUGGGCAUGAAUGGUGACUGCAUGGGCCCGGCUAGCCAGCCUGUCACUCUCGUCUCAGCACCAUGUCCCAACACUGGCAUUCAAGCCAGUCUGGACUGCAGCACCAACUCAGCACUCAUUUCUUGGACACCAGGCAAUGGUUCGCUAAGUUUCAAUGCAACACUGCAGUCUUUCCAGGAUCCACAAAAGCACAACUGCUUCACCAACGGCUCCUCCUGCAGCAUCAGUUCACUGCCGUGUGGUCAGCACUAUAACAUCAGUGUUACAGGACACGGCCAGACCUGUUCAACCUCUUCUAAAACCUUGGUCACUCUUGACACAGCUCCAUGUGUUCCCACUCAAGUCAAUGUGUCAUUAUCUUGUGGGUCGGACACUGCAUCUGUUUCCUGGGCAGCAUCUAGUGGCCUUGUUUCAUACUAUACAGUAACAGCAGUAGAUGAUAAUGGACAUACGCUAACCUGCAACUCCAGCAGCACUUCCUGUGACAUCAGCGGCCUGGCGUGUGGUCAGGCGUACAACGUGUCAGUCACAGCUAUGAGCGUGGACUGCACUGGGCAACGUAGUGACGUGCGUCGCAUCAAUACUGCACCCUGUGCUCCUCAGUCUGUGGUCAGUCAGCUCUUAGACUGUCGAACAGGUGAUGUUCAAAUUAGCUGGCAGUCGAGUAAAGGGGCGCAGAUCUACUAUGCGCAAGCAAAAUCUACUGACAAGACCCUGGUGUGUAACUCCAGCUCCACGUCCUGCAUCAUCCCUGCACUCGGCUGUGGGCAGACGUACAAUAUCACUGUGGUUGCAGAGGCCAACGGCUGUAGCUCCAACACCAGUGCGAUCAGUCAGUCAUGGGGUAAUUUUCAUUUUGGAGUGAACUAUCCCUUUAAGAGUGAAAUGCUUAAUACUGGAGACAUGCAGAAUAAUAGUCUCAGCAUAUGUAUUUCUGUUUCCUCUUUAGCACCCUGUCCACCUACUUCCGUCGCUGCUGUUUUGGACUGCCCUACUAACACAGUCUUAGUGUCCUGGAGCUCCUUGGCCAUUUCCGGGGUUCAUUACACAGCAAGCGCCAUUGGCCCAUUGGGGCCCUCUAGUGGUGUGGAGUGUAACACAACAAACUUGAACUGCACUCUUGCCCACCUGCAAUGUGGCAGCCAAUACAAUGUCACUGUCACUGCUACCCAAAACAACUGUACUAGCAAAUCCAGCUCGGAGUACUCCUUCAUUACAGCUCCAUGUGUGCCAGUUCUGAACGACGUGGCUCUGAACUGUAGCUCAAGGUCUGCUGUGGUGAAGUGGUCUAGUUCAGGGUUGAGUCUAGGUGCAUUUUCGGUCAGUGCAGUGAGCACUCAGGGUGAACAGCUGGGCUGUGGUGUCUUCAACAAUGGUGAAUGUGUGGUGGAUGGACUGCAGUGUGGACAGAUGUACACGUUCAUUGUGAAUGCAACGCAAGGCCAAUGCACCAGUGCUGCUAGUAACACACUGCAGAGGGAGACAGUUCCCUGCGUAGCCAGCUCCAUCAGGGCAGUGUUGGAUUGUCAGCUGGGUACAGCCACUGUGUCAUGGCAGUAUGGUGCAGGUGCUCAGGGAUACGCUGUCUCUGCCUUGGCACCGGUGGACAACAGGGCUAGCUGCACAUCCAACAGCUCCAUCACGCACUGUGAGCUGAGCGACCUGCAGUGUGGCAAUGAGUAUACGGUGAACGUACAGAGUUUGGGAUACACGUGCAAUGCCAGUGCUCAGAUGACUGGCUCCCUGAUCACUGGUCCGUGUGUUCCUCAGCAUCUGACAGUGCAGUACAGUCCUUCCACCGCUCUGCUCUCCUGGGAGGUCACUAAAGGUGGCACCAACUUCUCAGCAGAGGCUGUGACCCUCGGGGGCCUGACAGUGACCUGUGAGACCUCUAACACGAGCUGCUCCUGCCCACACCUGGAUUGUGGCCAGAUCUACAACGUCAGCGUGACGGCUCACAACAGUGUCUGCAGUGACACUGUGACCUCUGAUCCUAUCAAGACAGAACCCUGUCCUCCUCAGAAUGUCAAAGCUAGCCUAAACUGCGCCACCCUUAGUGCUGCUGUCUCCUGGGAGCCUAGUCAGUUGGCAGUGGGAUAUGUUGCAUUCCUGGAAGGCGGAAAUGGUCAUUCCACUUCCUGUCGGACAAAUCAUACAUACUGCAGUGUACCUGAUCUCACCUGUGGAACAGUGUACUAUGUCAGAGUCCGUGCCAUCGGUGAGGUGUUCAACAGCUCUGACAGCACAGGGGUCAACAUGACAUCAGAUCCUUGCAAGCCAGAGAACGUGACUGCUCACGUGUCAUGUGACAGCAAGACGGUGGCGCUCGACUGGUCAAAAGCCAAAGGAGCAUCAUUCUACAUUGUGAUGGCAGCAGGGAGUCUGGGAUAUUUUGUCGACUUUAACACUACUUCUACUAACCUGUCUGUGUCACUGCUCUGUGGACAAAGCUACAACGUGUCUGUCCAAGCGCACGGCGAGACCUGCGACAGCCUACCGAGCAUUCCUGCGGUUUUCAGACUCGAACGCCGUGGGGCGGCGUCUUACCUGGUGGUUGCCAAGGGACCUGAGGGUCCAGUGACUGCCUGUAACACAACUGCGCAGGAGUGCAGACUGCAAACACUGCACUGCAGCUCCUCGUACGAUGUCAGCGUUAUUGCAGUAAACCAACAAUGCAACACAUCAGGAAGCUCCAUCUUACGAAUAAACACCGUGCCGUGUGUACCUACUCAUGUGCAGGGCAGUGUAAACUGUACGACUGGAGCUGUAUCCGUGUCCUGGGGCCCAAGCGUAGGGGCCAUUUCCUAUGCUGCGGUUGCUCAGACUAGUGGUGGCUACGCCUCAGUGUGUAACAGCACUGGAACAGCAUGUGUCUUCUCGGAUCUGCUCUGUGGGAUGAACUAUAGUCUAGCUGUCAGCGCCACUGACGGGACCUGCAACACUGCACCGAGUCAGCCAGUUGUGCUGAGUACAGUGCCCUGUAAGCUACAGAAUGCUAGCGCCCAUCUCAACUGUGACACCAACUCUGCUGUUGUAAGUUGGGAGCUCAGUGAUAACGUCACACGUCACACAGUCCAGGCUAUUGGUUCUGAUGGACAUCGCAUCGACUGCACCAGCUCCGACCACAGUUGUACAUUAGCUGGCAUGCGCUGCGGCCAGAGCUAUAACAUUACUGUCACUGCCUUGAAUGGAGCAUGUGACAAUAGCAACACACACCUCAUGCUGACGUCAGCUCCAUGUGCACCUAGCAAUGUUCAGACGUCUCUGCAUUGCGACAUCAGUGGUGGUGUUUUGUCUGUGUCAUGGGUGCAAGCAAACGGGGCAGAGUUUUACAUGGCCGUGGCCGUGUCUAAUGAUGGUAAUUCCUACUCUUGUAACACCACCACCACCUCCUGUGAUCUGCAGGAACUGCAGUGUGGCCAGAUUUAUAAUGUCUCUGUCUACUCACUGGCCCAUGGCUGUGGAGGCGUGAAGAGCACUAUGUCUCAGGUGCAGACAGCUCCAUGUCCCCCCCAGAACGUAUCUGCCAUUGUGCAGUGUGAUUCAGGGUCUGUGCUGGUGAGUUGGAACCCAGCAGUGGACGCCAGCCUGUUCAUAGUUGAACUUGAGCCUGAGAGCACUGGUGCGAUCUCCUCAUGUAACAGCACAAACACGCAGUGCUCCAUCACCCAUCUGCCCUGUGGAGAGAGAUUCAACCUCAGUGUGGUGGCACUGAGAGCCGGCUGUCAGAGUCAACCAAGCAGUGACCUUUCCAUCGCCUCAGCUCCAUGUAUUCCACAGGGGGUCAACGGUACUGUGGACUGUGUCACUAACUCUGCAUGGGUAUCAUGGGAUGUAGUUAAUGCUGCAGAGUCUUACACAGUGCUGGCUGUAGGGGAGGACGGUCACAAUUCCACCUGUAGCAGCUCAAACUCCACCUGUAAUGUACCUGACCUAGGCUGUGGAAGGAGCUACACCUUUCACGUCACUGCCUCAAAUGCUGCUUGCGUGAGCCCACCCAGCAGCAGCUUUCAGCUGGAGACAGCACCUUGUGCCUUGUCAUCCAUCGUGGUGGUGGCUGAAUGCCACAGUUCUGUUAUCAUGGUACAAUGGCAGAAAGCUCGGAGCGGAAAUUCUCUCUACUUUGCCACAGCAGAGGAUCAAGACCUUUCCAUCCUUUCCUGCAAUAGCUCCGCUUCCUCCUGCAACCUAACCAAUGUGCAUUGCGACAAGGAGUACACUAUCAUUGUGGCUGCUUCGGCCAACAAAUGCAGCAGCCUCCGCAGCCCACCCUACAAGAUCAGAACUGCACCCUGUCAGCCCUCAUCAGUACAGGCCAAUACAGACUGUCAGUCAAAGGAUGUGUUUGUGUCAUGGAACCCAUCAUACGUGGCACAGUCGUACCUGCUUACCGCAGUUGGCAGAAAUGGAGACUUGAAGACGUGCAAUACCUCGAACAAUAACUGCACGCUAACUGAUCUGCAUUGCAGCAACAUCUAUCAUGUGUCCGUUUUAGCCAGUAAUGAGAACUGCACCAGCCUGCCCAGUGCUAACAUCACCAUCAAAACGGUGCCAUGUGAGCCAGCCAACUUAACUGCAACCAUACAGUGCGGGAACAGUAGUAGUGCCUCCUUGUCCUGGGUGGGGAGUACAGGGACGGUGGCCUACAUGGGACUUGCUCAGUCAGAAACCGGCACAACAGCCUACUGUGAAACCACACACAUGUCUUGUACUCUGGAGGGCUUAGUGUGCGGCACUGUGUACAACUUUACAGUGCAGGCAACGGAUGGCUUCUGCAACAGUUCCUUGAGUGAACCUCAAACUAAGGGAGCAGCUCCAUGUCCUCCAGCUGGAUUGAGGGUUGUCCCUCGUACAGUAGUAAAUGAUACUCAGAUCUUGAGGGCGUCUUGGUCUACUGUGAAUUGUCCUAAUUCUGAAUACCUCCUGGCACUCACGGGCAGCAUUCAGGGCAACAACCAAGCACUCUUUGACCUCACCUCCUAUUGGACAAGACGCACAUUCUUCGAAGUGCCUCUCCCUUGUGGCUCCACCUACAGCGCAACCAUCAGUGCGAGGAACUCUGCCGCCACAAGUGACAAGUCUGCUGCUGUCACUGGAAGCACAGUGCCUUGUGCCCCUCUAAAUGUGACGUUCUCUGCAUCAUCGGCGGUAGUGGCAUGGAACGAGUCUCUAUUUGCUACAAACUACACUGUGUAUGGGGUUACUUCCUCUGGAAGGACGAAACUCUGCAUGAGCUCACAGCUCCUCUGUUCUGUCACCAAUUUCGGCAGUGGUCACAUUGUCGUAACUGCCCAAAACACUGCCGGCGAGAGUGAAGACUCGGUGCCUGUUGUAGUGACAGCCGGUCGCAGGAGGAGGUGAGACCUGGCACAAAGUGAGAAAGGCCUGACCAACCCUGAGUAAAUGCUUGCAUCUCAUCGCACUCAAACUCUUGCCUCUGAGAACUCCUGCACUUAUCUAAGAAUUCUUGAAACUCUGUGAUAUUUAACUUUUGCAUGUUACAUAUAUUCUGGUUCAAGGUUCACUUUUUUUUUAAACAAUAUGUAAGGGUGGGAUAGAUUGACUGGGUAAAAGAUUAACAUUUCUUUUUAAAUGUUUUCCAAAAUCUGUUGUUUCUGGCUGUGGGAUUUACUUUCAUGCAAUGCCAAAUAUUUUAAAAAAAGGUCUUAUAUAAAUAUGUAUUCCUAUGUUUUUGUAUACGAGUAGAGUUAUAUUAAAUACAAAGAGCAUUUCUCCAUGUGAUCAGUCUUAUAAAUAACCUGUAAAGCACAUGUAAAAUAAAUUAACCAUACACAAAACACCUGCUGUUCUUAUAAAAUGAAUGUUCUUACAAGGAACUGACAAGGGCACAACAGUGA